AUGGCAUCCACGACAGGUUCUCACACGUCCUUGUCCGAUGCCUACGCUGGCAUGUCGUACGAUGCGGAGCCUCCUCAUCAUCGCAAUGGCAGUAUCACCCCUGCGCACCAACAUCACCACAGCUCUCGACCUGCGGACCCGAGAUUGGCAGCCAUGAGCUCAGCAUCAGGCAGCGCCACCUCCAGUCCAGCGUUUGGGCCCCUGAGGACAAGAGGCGUUACAUCGGAUGCUACUGCGAGCAGCGCACGAGGUGCUCGGGAUUCCGAUCAGAGUCAAGGUUCCCAGCAUCGACUCGCACCAGGUAAGCGGGGCGUAGGGCGCUAGCCAUCAGAUCCGAUGCUCACCACUCGAUCCGACGCUCACCACUCUCCACUCACACAUUCUCUGCUCGCGUCCACGCAACGCAGGCCAUAUGUACCACCAAUCAAACACCUCUGCUCCGGCCUUUGACCAUGGCACCAGUGGAUCCAGAGGUCCCCCUCUUGCAGACGAACUCGGACACGCUUUCGACAAGAUGAAUGUUGGAGGCGGAUCCUCUGGCAGCGCUACCGCUUCCUUGAGGGCAAAGUCUCCUGCUCCUCCUGGCGUCGGCGUUGGCGGCAACACCUCGGCGUACGUCGAGCGCGCCAAUGCCGCCUACGCGCACCAGGAGAUUUAUCAGAGCGCCCGAGAAGUCGACCCGUCAAACAGUCUCGCCGCCAUUGCGAAUGAGGUGGAUGCUACGGCGAAUGAGCUGGGUGGCAACAUCGCAGGAGGAUACGCAGAGGGGAGGAGAGCUUCAGAUGGCAGCUACGUGCAGAGCAACACCUCUUUUCCCCCUCAGCCCGGCUUUCAUCCGCAGGUAUCCCGACAACAGUCUGUCGCUGGCGGAUACGGUCCAUCGCAGCAAGGCUGGGUACCUUCAGACGGCGGCGGCGGCGGCGGCGGCGGCUAUGGACAGCAGCAGGAGGGCGGAUAUUGGCAGGAGGAUGGCAAUGGUAGUGGCUAUUAUGUAGGCGCUCCUCAGGAUCACUUUGCUACUGCACCGCAUCACCACGGAGGACCUAGUGGCUACUUUGGAGGCGCAAGCGGCUCUUCGUACGGGCACGGGCAAGGCGGUGGCUACGAUCAAGGAUACUACCAGCAAGGAGGCAAUGGAUACGAAUACAGCGGCGCAGGUGGCUACCUUGGCUUCCCUCCUGGCGCCGGUCCCCCCAAUCCCGACCUCAUGCGAGCUCCAUCCACUGCCUCUCACGUCUCGAUGGGCAUGACGCCCAUGAGCGGCGGUCUGCAGCCUGGUAUGGGACUUGUUCGCCAGCCCACGCAGCUCAGCAUGUCCAGCGCAGUGUCUACAGGAUCUGCCGCGGCCAAUGCGCGCAGGAAAAGCAAAGAAGCAGAGGCCAAGAGGCAGACCUUGCCAUUCAACAAGGAGUUUGUAGACGAGUACAGGCACCGCAUGAAGGGCGAUCCGGACCCCGAAGCUCAAUUCGCCUUUGCCAAGUACCUCAUCGAGGCCGCAAAGAAGGUGCAGGAUCCUAGAGAUGGACCAAAGCAAGCCCGAAAGUAUCGAGAUGCGCUGCUUGGAGAUAGUCUGAAGCUCAUCAAGCGGCUAGCUACCACUGGAAUGGGCCUGGGCAAGCCUCCUUACUCGGAGGCGCAGUACUUUCUCGCAAAUUGCUUUGGCACCGGCUCACUCGGCUUGCAGGUGGACCACGAAAAGGCAUACAAUUUGUACGUGCAGGCUUCGAAACAGAACCACGCAGCGGCGACGUACCGCACUGCGGUGUGCAACGAGGUAGGAGCGGGCACGAGGAGAGAUCAUCAUCGUGCGGUCCUCUUCUACCGGAAAGCAUCUGCCUUGGGGGACACUGCUGGCAUGUACAAGUUGGGCAUGAUUCUGCUGAACGGUCUGCUGGGUCAGCCGCGAAACAUUCGGGAGGCCGUGGUCUGGCUCAAGAGAGCUGCAGGGCAAGCAGACGAAGAGAAUCCGCACGCGCUGCACGAGCUAGGGUUGCUGCACGAAAAGGGCGGUAGCAGCGUCGUGAUGCACGAUGAAGCGUAUGCCAGAGAGCUGUUCACGCAAGCCGCUCAACUCGGGUACACGCCCUCUCAAUUCAAGCUCGGCUCUGCGUACGAAUACGGGCAUCUCACUUGUCCCGUCGAUCCACGGCGAAGCAUCGCUUGGUACACCAAGGCGGCAGGCAAGAAUGAUGGAGAAUCAGAACUGGCCCUUUCUGGCUGGUACCUGACGGGCUCGGAAGGCGUGUUGAAGCAGAGCGACAGCGAAGCCUACUUGUGGGCCAGAAAAGCCGCGCAAAAGGGAAUACCAAAGGCAGAGUAUGCCGUGGGCUACUACUCCGAAGUCGGCAUCGGAGUCAAGUCGGAUGUGGAGGAGGCAAAGAGGUGGUACAUGCGAGCUGCUGGUGAGUCUGCUCGAUGCGGAAAGCGGCGCUGCACGUGAUGCUCACACGGUCCUACUCUCCCAUUUUAGCCCAAGGCAACAAGCGAGCGAUGCAGAGGCUGACGGAGCUGAAACGCAUGGGCGGUAAAGCGGGCAAGACUGGCAAAAGACCUACGCGGGGGGAUGCGCAGCAAGAGUGCGUCAUUGUGUGA